UAGACGAUAAAGAAGAAUCGCAACGCGUGGGUAGACGAGGGCGAGUGCAGUGUGCAGUGCGUGCGGUUCGUGUGUCGCUGAAAGCUUGGGCUGCGAAGCCUCCGACAGCGGCGGCAACGGGCGAGCGCCCGCCUCGCGUCAGUGCCGGCCCGGCCGUGCCGUAGGCAUCACGCUCCGCAAUAUCGCAAUUAUUAUUUACUGCUGGACAGUGACACACACUCUAACGAAUUUUCUAUCACUGAUUGCGAGGCGCCUACAGAAGUGACCGCGGAAUUCUUGCUUAUAGAAGUGAGACGGCAGGCGGCAGAUGGAUCGGAGGCGCGCGGCAGCGGCGCUGCUCGCGCUUGCCGCUUGCAUCGCGUGCUCUGAAGCAGCACCGACGACUACCAACCACACUGCGUUAGAGUUACAUGAUGGUUCGAUAGAGGGAUGCUACUACAAUUUCCAGCACUAUGGCGAAGGCGAUCGAAUUAUGACGAACGAACCCUGUCUCAACUGCACCUGUCAUAACCGAAUGCUUAUGUGUUAUUUGAGGGUUUGCCCAUUCACAAAAGCUAUUGGCCAGGAUUGCACGGUGGAGAAACGAGCUGACCAAUGUUGCCCCAUAGUGACUUGCCCUGACGUUCCAGUUGACCUGCUCACGUCAACUUCAACAUCUUCGCCUGCUGAAUAUGGUGCAACUGGACUCGGCAAACUAGAUAAAUACGGAUGCAGUAUUCAUGGAAAAUAUUUCCCUGAAGGAGCUAAAGUUCCACCGACACCUAACAAACCUUGUGAACAUUGCUACUGCAUUCGAAACAUGACAACAUGUGUUAUGCAAGAAUGUACACUUCACGUUGAUGGAUGCACUCCUAUUUAUCAUAAAGAUGUGUGUUGUCCGGUUCGAUAUUCUUGUGAUCACCCUGAAGACGAAAUUCCUCUUUUGGAUGAUAUGACUACGACAGUGCGUCCAACUCCAGGAUUCUUAUUAACAACUACAACUUUGUCACCUGUAACCCAGAUGUCACAAGAGUGUGUACACGAUGAUCAAAUAUUCCCAGACGGAGCUCUUAUAAAAACUGAAAAAGCUUGUGAGCACUGUUAUUGCAUGAAAGGAGAUAUUGUUUGUGUUGUUCAAGAAUGUGGCACACCAAUGGAAAACGAGGGGAAAAAUUGUACAUCUUUACUUCCACGCCAUGGUCAGUGUUGUCCAGAUACGUAUAUCUGUGAAGGAGAUGAACGCGUAACUGAUUCAACAACUGAAAUUGUUGAAUUAACUUCUUCACCACCGAGAAGAGUUGAAGGAAGUGGAUAUAGAAAUGAACCUGAUGAACCUUACACAGAAAUAAGUCCAGUAACAACUGAAACAGAAGGUAGUGGUGAAGAGUUUACAGCUGUUUCUCAAAUAGAUACAGGAGAUAACAUAAUUCCAAAAACAGAGACAACAGAAAUUAUCGAAGAUAUUUUGUUUACUACUACUGAGAGUAGUAUGCAGUUAGGUCAAAGUACUGAACCAGACAAAGGACAAAAUACAAUCCCUGACACAGUGAUAGAUAUAGAAAACAUCCGAGAAUCAAAACCAGAUAAGGUGACACUAUCUAGUUUUGAUGAAAGCACGCCGACCAUUUCUGAACAAUUCACUACUCUAAUAGAUCUUUUCGAUCACAAAAAUGAAAUAAGUACAACUCAAUCAGUAUUAAGAGUAGAUGAUGAAAGUGUUUCGGGUGAUAAUUCAUCUCCCAAAGAUCAUGAAAAGGAAACCACAGAUUCUUCUGACUUUUUAAGUAAAACUACUAUGGCUGAUGAAAACAUGAUACAUACUAAUCCAACGAUUAUGAUUGAACCAGAUCAAUUAGAAAUUACUACUCCAACAACAGAAUUUACUAACAAAGUUCAGGAACCAUCAAAACAAGAAGAUAUUUCUACAGAAACUUUUGAACAGUCUAGUGUUACUGACCAAGUUAAAUUUACAGAUGUGUUUAAGACAUCACCUGAAGCGGAAACAUCUAUUGAGUCAACCACUGUGCCUGUCACAAAAUUAGUCGUUACAGAGAUUACCGUAGAUACAAAUAUUAACGAAGUAGAUGACAAAGUUUCACCCAUUUCGUCACCUAGUAGAAUACCCGGCGAGGGUGAUUGCCUCUUGAAUGGAAUUACCUACAAUAACAAUACUAAUGUACCCAGCACAAACAAUUGCCACACGGGUUGCAAAUGUAUCAGUAGCAUUAUUAAAUGUGAUCCAAUAAUCUGUAGUCCACCACCAGAAUACAUGGAAAAUAUGAAUGAUUGUCAACCUAUUUACGACACCCCUAACUCAUGUUGUCCAACAUAUGUGUGCAGCGUAAAAGAAACCAUUCCACCAGAAUCACAUAGUCACAUGUCUGGAACUGAAAGUCCAAAGCCUGUUACCGCAAGUGAAUGUAGUGGCAAUGAUUGCAUAGUUGGUAUAGAAAAAAAACCAUCCGUGAAACCUACCGUAUGUACUUCUGGUGAUUGUUUGAGCGAAACUCCUAUAAAGCAAGAAGAAUGUGAUUCAAAAGACUGUAAAAGUCAAGUUCAAACAAGUCCAUCUAUACCUACUCAAGAUUGUUCUGAUGGACAGUGUCAAAUAGUACCAGUAGAACCAUGUGUCAGUGAAAAUUGUAAAAAAGAGGCACCGAAAGAUAUAAUACUUGAAAAAGAUUUAGUAUCUACAAAAACUCCUGCAUUACAAACGGAAUGUGCUUCAAGUGACUGUAAAGAUGAAGUUCAGACUAGUUCCCCACUACCAUCUCAGGAGUGUUCAGAUGGAAAAUGUCAAACAUUACCUGUAGUACCAUGUGAAGGUGAUAAUUGUAAGUCAGAAGCACCAAAAGAUACAAUCUCUGAAAUAGAUUUAGAAUCUACAAAAACUCCUGCAAUACAAGAAGAAUGUGAUUCUAUUGACUGUAAAGUCCAGACCAGCUCAUCCAUACCUUCUCAGGAUUGUUCUUAUGGAAAAUGUCAAACAUUACCUGUAUUACCUUGUGAGGGUAAUAAUUGUAAAUCAGACGCACCAAAUGAUAUAAUCCUAGAAAAAGAUUUAGGAUCUACGAUAACUCCUGAUAUACAAGAAGAAUGUAAUUCCAAAGAUUGUAAAGAUCAAGUGCAAACCAGUCCAUCCAUACCUUCUCAUCAUUGUGCUGAUGGAAAUUGUCAAAUAGUGCCAUGUGAGGGUGAAAAUUGUAAAACAGAGGCAUCGAUGGAAACUGGUACUGAAAAAGAUUUGGAACCGUCAAAAAUUUGUAAUGAAGAAAAUGGAUGUGACGAAAAUAAUCUCAUUGGGCAGGAUGAAUGUGUUGAUGAAAGUUGUAAACAAAAAGAUGUUUCAGAAGUAGGAGUUAAAUUACCAACUCAAUGUUCUGGGCCUGAUUGUAAGCUUCAUGAGGAGCCAACCGUACAAUCGACUGAACAAGCAAGUGAAAUACAAACUGAAGGAAGUACAGUCAGUGACUUAAAUCAACAAAAGACGGAAACUAUAGAUUUACAUGUAACAACGACCAAAGAAAAACUUACGGGUUCAGAUAAAGAUGUUACAAGGCCACCGGUAUAUACAGAAUAUCCUGAAAAGCAAUCGACAGCGUUUGAACCAAUAGUCACUGAACUUCCUAACCAAUAUAGUACCGAAAAUAUCCUUCAAACGGAGAUUCCCAUAAUUCAGACAGCUACAGAAUUAUAUGAAGAAGCAGUAACAAAAACAGAAACCCUUCAAACAGAAUCUCCGAAAUAUCCUGAUGUACAGUCAACAGUAUCACAAGACAAUUAUAUCCACACUGAUGACACACUAAGUACGAAACUACCAGAGUAUCUUGAAACAGAAACCGAAGAAUCUUUCACUCAAGAGAAUGAACAAAGUUCUACUGACAAACCGCACGUUUAUACUGAUUCACAUGAAAUCAUUACAGCCGAAGAACAUACAAAAGCAUCCCAAAACUCUGUUACUGAAUCGGAAAUAACACAAACAAAAGCUACUACAUCAGAAAUAAGUGAGGAGGAUGACAUUAAAACGGAAUCCCCUGAAAUUAUUGAAAAGGAAGAAUUCGAAAUAAGUACAUCAGAUCUUUUAGAAACUGAAAAAGAAAAAACUACUGAAGCAUCACUUCCUGUAAUGGAAACUAUGCUCCCCGCAAUAAUCAUCACAGAAAAGGAAACAAUGCAAUCUGAGUCUCCAGGAGAAGAUAAUGAAAAUGAAUUAUUUGAAACUAAAGUUCCAGUAACUGAAAAGGAAAUACAGGAUGAAGUAACUGAAAUAUUUAUUGAGCCGGUAGAUGUUCAAACGAAAGCUCCAGGAACAUAUGCUACGGAACAAGAAUCAACUGGCAUAAAAGUUACAGCUAGAGAAGAUGAGACCACUGAACUAGUAAACCCAGAAAAGUUCGAAACUGUAACGGAAAUAAACCUAUCAGAAACUCCAGAAAAACUUGGCACUGAAAAGGUAACUAUUAAACCUGAAACUGAAAAGCCCAUGGUCACUGUAGUAGAUCAGUCUAAGGCCGAUGAUUCUGAUAAGGAUGAUGAUGUUACUAAAAAACAAGAAGAUCAAAAGGUUUUCCAGGAAUCAGCAACAGAAAAAGAGACGAUAGAAGCAAGUGUUCCCGAUCAGCAUGAAAUGAAACAAGAAUCAACCACUACACAUUCAUUUGACGAAGCAUCAGAAAAAGUUCAAACCGUUAUAAGUUUAAAUCCUAUAACUGAGGAAGCGGAACCAGCUUAUGUUACCAAAGAAUCUAUUCUCGAACCACAGACUACAACAACCAAGAAACCUGAAAUAAUUGUCGAAGAAAAGAUUUACGAUGACUCCCAGGAACCAAAACCAACAAAACCUGAGGACUUACCAACAGACGAAAUAACUGAAAUUGCUACAGAGCAUUUUGAGACUGACGCUACGAAAUCAGAGACCGUGUCUUACGAUAAAGGUGAAGGAGUAACAGAAUCAAUAAAUGAGCCUAUUUUAAUCGAAGAAAUAGGUGAAAUUACUACUCUAGAACCUCAUAGACUAGAAACAGAAGAACAAGAAAUGUACACGAAAUCACCUCAAGAUAUUGGUACCAAAUUAGGAGAAAAGGAAAUGCUAACUGAUAAAGAUAUGCUUUACACGACAAUUCCAGAUCUACAUGAAACUAUAAAGUCUGAUGAUAUAUCUGAUUCCAUAGACCAAUCUGUGACUGAAAGUCAAGUGACUAAUACAAAAGAAUCCGAGAUACUAGCAUCACAACAUGAUGAAACAUCUACAGCGCAUGAUGUAAUAUUUACAGAGAAGUACGAGGGCAGCUCUAUCAUAGACACAGAAUCCACAUUGCAACCUACAAACUUAUUUACUAAUGAGCAAGAGAAACACUCUGAAGACCCCGUAUCAUUAACUACUAAACUUCCAGAAUUAUAUCCAACAUUAUCAGUGGAAAUUAUAACAACGGCAACAAGUACCGAUAAGCCCAACGUAAUGACUACUUUAGAUUUAGAUAAAUAUGACAAAGAUCCUUCUGAUAAAAUCCAUUAUACAACCCUGAAAACUAUUGAAGAAUUACCAACAACAGAGAGCAGUAUAUUGAACACGGAAAAGCCAGAUAUAUCUGCCACAAUACAAACUUCUACUGAUGCAAAACUAGAUUUAGAAUCUUCCUAUUUGACAACUAAGAUUGCGAAAGAACCAGAAUCUUCUACUGAUUCUUUAGAUUUUGUGACAGAAACUAGUAAAUCUCCGUCUGACUAUACAGUUCUCACUCAAGAAAAUACCGAAUCACACAAAGAUACUAGUGACCAUUUGACUACACAAUCUACUUAUAAAGACGAACUACCUACAGAAUCACAUGAAACUGUCUCUCAUCAAACUAGUUAUACUAAAGCAGUAACUGAAUCUGAUGUAGAAACAAGUUCAAAGAUGAUUGUAAAAGAUGUAACUGAAACACAAGAUGAAAUUACUACAACUAGAUAUCAAAUAACUGAAAACCCUGAAAUAAGUGAAUUAGACGCAUCAUUUACUAAGACUUCUGAGUUUGAUAUUGUGGCCCAAAAAGAGCAAGUUACAAAUACAAUUAAUGAAGUAGAAGUACAAACAGAGACACAAUAUGCCACUGAAAAAGAAGGUUUGAAACCAUUUACUUCAGAUGAACAAUCACCUGAUACAACAGAAAAUUCUGGUGAGCAGAAGCCUCACUUGCCUGAAAAUACUAAUGUGGACUUAUUUACUACUCAAACAGCUUCAGAAUUGCCACUGGAAAUUACAACAGAAAAAACAUCAUUCAAUAAAGAAGAAGAUACCGAAAUUAAAGAGGAAAUGAGUACUAAAGUGCCUGCUUCUACAGCAAUGUUUGAGCAAAGUACAUUUGAGACCGAAGAUAGAAUAACUACUAAACCUCAGAUAUUGUAUACCAGUUCAACAGACAAGGUUCCUACCACUUUGGACAAUAUUAAUAUACAAAAAGAGCACGAACCAGAAUCUGAUAUUUUACUUACAACUUUAUCAAGUCUUGAACCAGAUAAAAAAAUAACUGAAAGUCCCAUGUCAUUAGUUACUCACAUUGAUCAUGUUCCGUCAUCACAAACUACAUCCUCUGAUGAAAUCGAAAUGACAGAACAAGCAACGGUAACUAAUGUAGUACAAAAGUUGGACGAAAAGAAAACACAAACUACUUUACCCGAAAUCUAUGUUACUGAACUACAAAAGAAACAGUCAACAGAAACGCCAAGCUAUCAUACCACGCUAAAAGAGUUGGAAACAGAAACUUAUUCAAAAUCGAAUGUAGAAGAAUCCAAUAAUUUUAAUACAGACCAAGCAGAAAGGUCAACUACACCUAUAAUGCAAGAUGACUUUAGCGAUGAUCGAAAAACAACAGAAAUUCCUAUCCAACAGUAUGACUCUACAGAUGGCCCUGUAGCCGGAACCGUAUCUAACGAGUAUGUACCAAACACAGAAGAUACACCGACUUUAAGUUCAGAAGACACAAUCGUUGAUUCUCAACCACAAAAUACUACUACAAUUAAACCACUUACGGAAAAAGAGCCCAAUCACUUUAAUGAACCAGAAAAUCUUCUACCAGAACCUGUUGAAGGGAUUGUGAUUACACCGCCUGACAAAACACAAACUGUUCAAGAAGAUAUGACAACGACUACUUCUUCAAUAGUUCUGGAUGAUGAACACGUUAAAGAAACCAUAAGUACCACAUCCACACUUAUUCAGCAACAAGAAACGGAACAUCCAGAGAUAAAUAUAUAUGACUCGCAAACAGUUGUCCCUGAAAAGGACACUUCUGAAAUGGGGGAGUUUGUGGGGACUGAGACUCCGAAAUUAUCGACUGACAAAGAAUCUGAAACAGGAACAUCGAUAUAUAUUCCUAUAGUAUCUGAGAGUACAGAAAAACCUUUACUUGUAUCAGAAACUAGUGAAUCUGAUAAUAUAGAAAAAGAUAAACCUACUGAGAUCGAAAUACAGUCUGUAGAUAAAAGUACAACAAUUACUGAUUUAGUAAAUGAAGAUGACGUCAGGUAUACACAAAGUAAACCCCUUUCAGACACUACAGAAACACAACAAAAUGAAAGCAGCAACGAAGCAUCGGACAUAGCUACUAAAGUACCUGACCAAUUUAUUGCAAGCACAGAAAAAAUAUUCACUGUGGUAUCUGAACAAGAUGAAAAGCCUGGUAUUAGUGGUAGUUCAGAUAGUAAGAAUGCUUCUGAUGAUUCAUCAUCACACAGCACUUCACUGAUUCCAGAAAUAAGUACAUUAAGCACAGAAACUCAAACGGAACCAACUGGUGUUGAAAAAGUAACAACUAUCAAGGAAUCACUUCCUGAAGAUGAAACACCAAAACCAAUAGCGACGGUACAAGAAGCAGACAUCCAAACUGAAAUAUACAGUACACAAUCUGCUAUUGAAAAAGUAUCCUUUACCACGGAACCACCUGCACAGACAAAUAUUGAAACAGAAAAAAUUGAAACUGGUGUACAUACCCCGACAGAGUUUACACCGACGACAUUAGAAAGUUCUCAUACUGAAGCUCAAUCUGCACAAACACAUACAGAGUUUGAUAUGUCUGAAGACCAGAAAGAGACUACUGAACCAGGGCAUGAGCUCAGUGACACGACACCAUUUUUAGUUGAACUAAAAGAACAUACUCAUCAAGUAAUGGAUGAUAGCUCACGAACUUCUACAGAAGUUAUGUUUACAACUGCACUAUAUGAAUCACAUCAUACAGAACGUGGUGAUCAAAAUCUCGAUGUUACUGAUAAAUAUGAAGAUGAAUAUAAGACUUCAACACCUAUAACAGAACAUGAGCAGGAAGACAAGCUUGGUCAAGACCAAAAGGAACAAAGAAUUCCCACCACUACUUCAAUAAAUGAAGAUAUUACAGAACGCCCUAACGACAUUAAACCAUUGCCUACAAUAUCAUCUGAGCUGCCAGAAAUAGAUUUAGUGGAACAAGAAAAACAAUACACUACUACUGUGCAAGAUGUUGUUAUAACGACCUCUGGAUUGCCCCAAACAGUGAGUGAAAAAGAAUGGUUCACGACGAUAUCACCUGAACCACAAAAAGUAACAUAUCCAGCUCCUGAAACCUCAAGUAUUUCCACCGAAAAAGAUAAUGAUAUAAGCACUAAGAAGCCAUUACAAUCAGAAGCGUCAAUGGGUACUACUUUAUUAGAAGAGGAUUUAUCACGAGUAACGUCACAAGCUACCACAAGCAAAAUUGUAGAAGAAACAACAAAAUUCUCACCGUUAACUGAUAAACCUUCUCAACCUGAAGAAAAGCCAAUUAAAAUGACACCUUCUCCGUCCACGCAAGAGUUAGCGAAGCCAGUAUUCGACGACGAAAUCAACGAGGGUAUACCAUCGCCUGAUUUUCCUCCGAGCGGAACUGGGGGUUACGGACAAGAGCCGGACUACGUUGAAGAAGAUCAAGCGUUUGGACCUGGAACAUGUCGCUAUGGAGGCAAAGUAUACGUAUCAGCGCAACAAAUUCCUAGGGACGAUCCCUGUGAUUUUUGUUUCUGUUUUAGAAGUGAUAUUAUCUGCCUCCAACAAAGUUGCCCACCCCCUAUUCAUGGAUGCCACGAAGAACCUAUACAAGGCUUUUGUUGUCCAAGAUAUGAAUGCCCUGUAUCCAUGGCUACUACGCUAAAUGUUACUACAACAACGACUACUACAACUACAACCUUACCUCCUCAUUUCCUCCCUCAUGCUUACAAGGGCGCAGCUCAGAGAAGAGGCUGUCAAAUAAAGGGUCAUACUUAUAAGGUUGGGGAGGUUGUUAGAGCAUCAUCGGGACCAUGCUUACAUUGCACAUGUGGUGGUGAUGGCCAAAUGAAAUGUGACCCUAAGGCGUGUACGCCAGAGCCAAUGUUAAGACAAAUGAUAGCUGCUGCUGUUUCGGCGAAGAGACGAAGAUGAAAUACCUCAGCGGUAUUCACGGAAACAUGAUGUACGUUAUCACAAGCAACCACCUCAUGUGAUAUAUAAUAUUUUCAUGUCUUUUCUCAUGCACAAGGAUAAUGCUCAAAUUUUGCGGUGAAUUAGUUUAAGAUUUCGUGUCAUAUGUAGUAAUCGCUAUAUUAAUAUGUAUUACUUUCAUUUUGUCGUAGCACUCACCAUCCUUAUUUUUGAAGAAACCAUGACUGUGAUUAAAAUAUACUUACAUAGGUAAUGAUGUAAUUUUCGAAAUCUCAAAUGUCAAUUUCGAGUCAAAAUAUUGUUAUUGAUGGUUUAUUUAUUAGAAAAUACUUUUAAAAAAGUCAGUGCCAAACGAUAUUGCUAAGUUUUAACAACAACGCCGUUUAGUUAAAAUUUCUAAAUUUACGAUGUUUUUAAUGUGGCCCGACCUACUGAAGCCUUGCUAAACAAAUUUUAAUUUGUUUUACUGUCAAACGUAAAGCUUCGAAGGUCAGCUUAGAUCGCCGAAAUCUUGACCAUUUUUACAUUAUAUAAAAAAAUUACCGAUAUAAGUUUAGUCAAUUCUUUAUUUUUACACGAUGUUGUUUAAGCGGUCUAGUAUCGUGUAAAUAUAAAGUAAUUUAAGGAUCCCAGAAGAUGUUGUAAAUGCCUUACUUAAUUUGUAAUAAUUUAUAUAUUUUAGGUGUAUAGUACUUAAGCCAUGUUUCGAGACCAGUGACUAUUAUAAUUUAGGAGUAAACGAGGCCCUUUACGCUGAUUUCGAAAAGUACCAGUCGAUGCAUUUAGCCUUGGCUGGCACUUUUCUCUAAUUUCAUGUCUUGCAGAAAGCGACACGCCAGCGAUUUUGUUUUCUGUAAUUCGUGGAUACUCAUAUACUAGCACUUGCACCGUAAAAGUGGCCGAGAAUACUGAUCAUUUUGUAAAGCAUUUUACAAUGUAGCUGAUUGAUAAAGCAUAUUGUAGGAUCUUUUGUAACUUUUGAUAUUAAAGUGCCGGUAAUUUAUAUUUGAAUACCAGAUCGAGGCGGGUACGAAAGUUGUUCGACUAUUGCAACUGUUAUUUACAUGGUAGUAAAUUAGCGGUUACAUUAAUUCGUACCAUCCUCCUUCGGUUUAAUGAGGUUGUAGUUGUAUCUCCUUAUUUAUUUAAAGUUAUAGUGAUAGUGAUACUUAUUAAAACAAAUUUUGUUUAACUGGUGAUAUAUGUACUGUUUCAAUAGUUGACUAUGGUUUAUUGCAGUUCAUUACGAAAUAUUAUGUCAAUUAUAUAUUAUUUUAUUGGAUUAAUGUUUUACCGAACAGCCCCUAGCUAGGAUCUAGCUGCCUGUACAACUUCUGCAAACGAAUUUUAAAAUAAAAUAUUUCAAAUCAA